AAAAAAACCCAGUUAUCUUUGGUUUUAUUCACAAAACACAUUUUUAGGUCCAAAUUGCAUAAGAAUAAAAUAAAUGUUAAGUUAUGAAUUCGGAACCGCAGAUGAAUUUGGAAAAAAGUCAGACGCAACUUAAAGGAAACGCAUGCCAUGAUAUGACCGAUGUCAAUUGGGCAGCCUACAACGCGUUUCGCUGUGAUCUGGCCAAAGUGCACAAGACCUUUUGCUGCUGCACCCAAACGGAUUUUACCGAGGAAGUCGGCACGUUGACAGACCCCUCGCAGGGUUGGAAGUACGUAGGGCAGCCGGCGGCACGAUGGAGAAGCAAAAGCUUACCUCCAAAAUGCAGGGAAGCAAUAUGGAAUCAAUGAAACUGCCAGGCGAAGCUGAGAAGCAAACACCACAAAGCAGCGUCUCAAAUGGCGGCGAGAAGCCGCUCAAAACUCUGCUGGAGGCAAGAGAGAAACGCGACUUGCCGCACAAAACCAACUCUGAAAGCAGCUGUGAAUCCUAUUUGAAACCCACAAACUGCGACCAACCAUCCACCUCUGGUCUGGGAUGUGCAAGCGAAUCCUCCAUUAGUGGCUGCAGUAGCAUCAGCACCAUUGGCAGUGCUCGACUCACAGAGUCUCAAACAUCAGGAUAUACUACCGAGAGCAGCUACCAGACGGCAACAGCGGACAUCGGCAGCUACGCUAAUCCUCGACGAUCCAGCAAUUAUCUGCGUGAGAUUCAUGUGGGCGUGGAGCGCAGUGCGACGGGACGUCAGAUCCAGGAGAUACGCAGCGAUCUAAGGAGUCUGCUUUGCAAUGAGGUUGCACUCAUCAAUGAGGUAUCGGGAGGUAGACAACAUGCCAUCUAUUUGAUUGCGUAUAGCUUUAUGUAGAUAAAUACAUGCUCCAAAUUUCUAGUCUUACUUUAA